AACGCAGCGUCCCUGCCUGGUGUCCCUUUUAGACUACAACAAACACAACAGUGAUUGAGAGAAAAGCGUACGGGACAGAAACGCAUUUGCACCUGCUUGUCCUCCUCGGUCAGUGUCAGCAUCUCUCCGUGCUCUCUUUCUCUCUCUCUCUCUCGCUCUCCCUCCAGCCCCCCGGUGAUCAGACAUGUCUGUGUCCGGCUCGCAGACGCCUGAGGACGGACUCUACGGCUCCUGGGUCGAGCUGGAGGAGCUGAUUGCAGCCGUGAGCCGCAGGGAGAGUCUGACAGGGCCACAGGACAGCAUCUCCUCCGCCCUGCAGGGGGAGCUGGAGAGGAUCCUUCUGGAGGCGCAGCUUGAGUGUGAGAGGAGUAGAGACAGUCCUCCGCAGGUGGUGACUCCACAGUCCACUGGUUCCCCAAGACCAACUAGUGAUCAGGACAGUGACUGUGUCACCAUACAGGAGGAAGGUGAGCGGCGAGUGGACACGGACUGGGUGUGGGAUUGGUCCAGUAGACCAGAAAAUAUGCCACCAAAAGAGUUUGUGUUUCAGCACCCGAAGCAGCCGGGCUCCCUCAGUGUUAGGAAGACAGAGGUGAUGAAGAGAGGAAUCUUCUCCUCCGAUGUUCUGCUCAUCCUUGUUCCCUCGCUGCUGGCUUCACACCUGCUCACACUUGGAGUCGGGAUCUACAUAGGAAAGCGAUUGGCUGCUUCCACAACUAGCACGCUGUGACGUCAGCUGUAGGCCAUUGACCCCCCUUCGCUAACAGUCUGGCCAGUAAGGUCACAGUCUGCCCUCUGUACCGCACUAAUUUGCCUCCUUCCUUCUUCGUCAUGGGGCAACCAUAGGACCCUGCCUGUCUGUACCUCUGUCUCUGUUCAUCUGUACGUCUGUCUACCCAGCAGCAGUCUGUCUUUGUGUCGGCCUCUCUGUCAGUCUGUGCAUGUCGUAGGGCCCGAGGAGCGGAUGGAUGCCCACCAAUGAGUCAGACUGAGGUCACUUUUACUUUCCCGGAGAGUAACACUGAUCUCAACCAGCUAAAGCAUAAUCAGAGAGGAGAGAUUGCCCAGAUACAAGAGAAAAGAGAGAAGGAGAGUUUUACCCAGCUAGAACAAUAAAUCCCUUUGAUAGGAGGAGAUGAAAACGGUUAGCUGGGAACAGUGUGUGCAGACAAAAUGAGAAAGAUAAUAUGUGGUAGCCUUUCUCCCAACCUUUGAAAGAGCAAAAUGUCUGUCAUUUGUCAAAAGUAAUGACCCUCUGUAAGACUGAGCUGCUGAGAGUGGUUCUUGGAGGUUUUCUGCCCUGAUGGUUUAUCUAAUGUAGAGAGUUUUAGUUGGCUGAGUGAAUGUAGGAGUGGCUCUGGUUGUGCUUUUUGUCCCGUAAACCAAUUAAAUAUUUGACCUCCGACAAAGACAAUCAUGAUCCCAUUAAACUUCACUCCUCAAAACCUUAAUGUGCCUCUUGGGUCUUUUAUUCUUCUCUUCCACUCUCAUCCUGGCAGUUUGUCGUACACAUGUUCAUCUCGUUUAAUAAAUACACAGAAAGUGAAGCAUUUUCAGCUAGCGAAGCACAAAGAUUUGCUGAAGUAAGCUUGGGCCAGGAAUUUAUAUCGGAUGUGGACUAUAUAUAUUGUCAGUUUUGGGCUAUGGUUGUCUGGAGAUUGUUUGUAGGUAAUCAAAGAAAACAAAAUGGAAAGAUUUUUACAACCUACUGUGUUAACAACCUGCAAAUGAACCACAGCAUCUGUUUAAAAUUUAUGCCUUUUUCCUUAUGAGGUAAAUCACCCUGUUGAUUUGUCCUGAUAAAGUCUUUGGUGUAUAUUUCACUGGUGUUUUUUAUACCCUGUCUCCACCAGUGAUGACUCUCCCUGUUGUCUAACUGAGCUCUUGCAGAAAUCUUAUGACAUCACAGCAGCCUGUCUCUUUCCAUCUGUCUUUGUCAUUCCUUACCUCACAUAAGUCUUCCUUUUCUCCUCUUUUUUUAACAAGCUGCUUCCUUCACCAGUCAAGGAUUUGACGUUUUAUUGCUUUCCCAUAAACCAGAAACCCGUUUCCUCUUAACAUCUCAUGAAAAUAGCUGGCCUGGAUUCUGAACGGGGGAGAAGCCGGAGAAGCACGCUGAGGUUUUCGCUCUGCUGCUUUGGACAUAAACGUGCCCAUUUGUUGUCCAGCUUGACCAAGCCCAAUGAGUUUAUCAGCCAUUAGCGGAGUGUUUGAUGUAAGAGGUCCUGCUGAGCUUGUUAAGCUACUUCUAAACACACCAAGCUGACGAUGCAACAACAAGCCUGCCUUGGCAGAGCACAAAAGGUUUCCAUUCACAGAUGUCCACAUGAAACACACCCACAAGCACACAUGCAAACUACUGCUGGUACAUGUUUUGGCUUCACGUUGUCAAUAGAUGAAACAAUUACACGUGCUUAGGAAAUAUCCGUCCACAA